AUGUUCUCGACGCCUUUCCGACGCGCCGCUGCUCCCAGCCUCAGCAAGGCUCUCCAGCAUCUACUACCCAAAGAGCUACCACCUUCACUCUCUGCUAAGCCAGGAAACCUAUACGAGAUCCUUUCGCGUACGCCGGCUGGCGGCGUUGGACGCAAAGUCCACCAAUUACGAUGGAACGACAAGCAAAUACCUGAUUCGUUCUGGCUUGUAACGAGGUCCCAAUUCAAGUGCGAGGGAAAGCACGGGAAGGCAUGGGGUCGACUGUACUGGAAAGGCAAACUCGUCAGUGAAAAGGAGGAGAAAAUAUCGGGGGCCCUGAAAUACAGAUGGGCGACUGGGCCAACUCAACCAACGCGGAAAACUGCCGCAUAG